AUGUCAAUCGUAGUUGACCCGCAUACCCAUGACUGGGACGCCCCGCUCCCUCCCCCUCAAAAUGCCGAACUUCAAGUCCGCCUACCCCAGCCUGAGCCCUCACUCCCCCGCGUACUCGAACCUCUUCCUUUUCCCACCGGAAUCAUCGAGAACCUGAAGCAUGUUGUCGCCUACGCUGAUCAAGCCGGCUACCUUGUCAACUACGCGCAUGAGCGAUUCAAUCAAUUGGACGCUGAUUUCCAUCUUCAAGGCAAGGUGCUUGAGGAACGCAACGCUGCAAUCGCACAACUCAAACAAGAGGUCAAGCAGCUUGGAGAUGACUUCACUGUUGAGAAGGCAAAGGUCGCCGACUUGACCAAGAGACUGGAUGAAGCUCGAGCUACCUAUGAAGCCAAGUUGAAGGAGAAAGACGAGGUGAUCAAGAAGGAUGAGGACCAGAUCAAGAAAGACAAGGGGCAUGAUCUUGACGACCACAAGACCAUUGACAGACUGGCAGCUCAGCUUGAAUACGAACGCGCUUCGAAGGCCGAGGUGCAGAAGGCUCUCGACCAGACUAAGACAGCACUUGCAGCGGCAGAGGCUAGUUUGACUACUGCCAGCGCGACUAUCGCAAAUCUGACCACCCGCGUUGCCUCUCUCGAAGCUGAGCUCGAAGUUGAGAAGAAGGACAUUGACAGAUUGCAGAAGGAGACCAAGCAGAAGACAGACAGAAUCUCGCAGCUCGAGAGAAACAACGCUGAUCUACAGUCCAAGCUCAACGGAGCCCUCCAAGAGGUCAAGAGCAAGCAAGACCAGAUCAACGCCAAGGACUCAACCAUUCGUGAUCAAUCUACUCGGAUUGACAACCUUACCAAGGAACUCAACGCCAAGUCUAUCACUAUAAACAAUCUGCAGUCGCAGAUCAAUAGCCUGCAGCAACAGAUCCGAGAUCUGCAGUCGACGCCAGUCUUCAAGUUCAAGUGCAACAUCAAGUGCCAACAGCCCAGCAACAGGGAGAUCGCGGUUGAUCUUACUGAUGGAGGAGGAGCUAGUACGCCUGUCCAAUGCUACUCCCUUGUGAACAAUUACAAUCAAACCUGGGACAUUUAUGCGAUCGGUGGUCGUAAUAAUGUCGUAGUCAUCAAGAACACGCGUAACAACUAUGUUCUCUGGUCUGCUGGACGUAACCAAAAGGCUCGAUGCGACCCAGGUAGAGACACAUCGGACCAGGCAGCGCAAUGGGAACUGGAGGGAACGACCAUCGACUCAAUCAACAACAACACCGUGUUCAAAAUCCGAAACAUCAAGUACGGCAUGUAUCUCGAUCUUCAAAACUGUGACACCUCAAACUACACGCCUUUUCUUACCUAUGAUGGCAAUAACGGAUUGAACCAGAAGUUCAAGAUCUCGAAGCACUAG